UAUCAUGAAAAAUAUUUCAACUUCAAAGUGAAAUGGAACGUACUCUUGGAAUGCCGAAGUUGCAUCUAGCGCGUCCAUGUUGUUUUGAUUUCGUGAACCGAGUUAGAACUGUGCCAAAAUUACAGAUUAUUUUGUAAACAAAACAAAUGAUUACAUUUGAACCUCAUUUGAAGCCAGUUUAAACUGAAGGCAAUAAUAUUAUGAUUAUCUAAUCAACUUUAUAACAGGAAAAUGGACCACAUUCAAGCACCUCCAGCCAUCCCUCAUCUGGUGCAAGUCUACCAGCCCCCAACAACAUCGAAACAAAACCCACAAAUAAUCCACAUCUCCCACUCAACUUCACAGGGGAAGGUCGCGUACCAACAAACAAUCACUUCCGAGUCCAUACAUAUUCCGGUAACCUCACACACUAUAGGAAACGAUCAGAUCAUGUCACAGAACCAGCUAGUUAUGUCUUGCCAACAGCAUUUGCAUAGCAUGCAGCCGUUACAGACUCAGAUACCUUCACAAGUGCUGCAGGGAGCGGAUAUGGGGCAGUCUUUGCAUGUUCUUCUACCACAAGUGCCAGUAUUUAAGCAGCACAUGCUUAUGAAUGGGGUUCAGCAGCAAUAUUAUGGACAAUAUGGAUAUCCGAAAGAACAGUGUAUUGUUACGAAAUUGGAGCCUGAGGUGCAGUUGUUGGGAGAAAAACGAGUGGAAUGCAAAACAGAACAUGCUACACAAGUUGAUGAUGACAAUGUCCACAGGAAAAAGCGCAUGCGCAGUCAAGUACCCAACCCAAACAUGUGGGCAUGUAAUGUGCGCAAAUUAAAACAUCAGAGAGGAGAGGCGUACAUCAGCAGAAGGGGGAAAUAUGUCCCUGAAAGACGAAUAAAGAAUACUAAAGACUGCCUUAGAACUUGCAAGUAUAAAUGUAGUGAAAGAAUCAGCGAUGCAGAUAGGGAGCAUGUCUUUAAAGCAUUUUAUUCAUUAAAUGCUAAUGAAAAGAAACAUUUCUUACUAAACACAACAGAAAGAAAUCAUGUGAAACAUGGUAAAGUGUCAGAAAACCACAAAAGAAAGUAUAUGUUCAAGUAUUUUUUCCUAAUUAGAUCUGUAAAGCAUACUGUGUGUAAGAAUUUCUAUUUAGGCACAUUAGCAAUUUCCCAGAAGCCUGUUUACAAUGUCCAUUUAGGGAAAUCAGACAUGAACAUACCAAAACCAGAUGGACGGGGCCUCUCGGAAUCUAGUACACAUUCAUUACCUUCGGAAAUUAAAGACAGAGUUAGGAAACACAUAAUGUCAUUUACAACACUUGAUUCGAAACCUAUAAAACAGUUUUCUAAGAAAAAACAAUAUUUAGAGUCAAAUUUAAGUAUAAAACAAAUGUAUACAAUGUAUUUUAAUGAUUGCGGGAAGGAUAAUGUAGUGCCUGUUAAGGAAUCUAUGUACAGAAAGAUUUUUAAGCAAGAAUUCAAUUUGCACUUUAGGAAGAAUAAAGAUCAACUUUGCUGUAAAUGUAAAGGGUCUAUUAAGAAAAAGUGAUGUAAUUUUUAAUAAAGAAAAUAAGAAACGGUUUGAUGUACUUUUAUAAAAAGGAAAUUUCUAAAUAAUUUUUUAGCAUGGUCAGAGUUGUUUUCAAGUGUGGGUUGCUCAAAAUAUGCUUUAUGUAUGGCUUCGAUAAAAGAGCGAAUGCUAAGCAUGUUGUAUCCAAUUAGAAUGUUAUGUUAUGGGGGCAAGGUUAGAAGUUUUGGUGUCAGUACAAGUAGAGAUGCACUGUCGAACAGUGCUUUGUAAUUCAGCCUUCAUGGAUUUUCAUGGUCUUGUUUAUAGGUGGGGUUGGAGCUUAUUUCUUUAUCUCUUAUUUUAUUUUUCUUUUGCCCUAAAUUUCUUUUUUUGUUAACAAAUUGUCCUCUAGUCAGUAUUUUGAUUGUAUAAUAUUUUAUUGCCUUUGUUCUAUAAGUAAGCUUACGAUUACACGUAUAGGAUAUAUUUCGUAAGUAAAUAUGAAUUAAAAGAUUUUUUUACGUGAUGAAAAA